GUAUAAAAACUGAAACCUCUCAAAUAGAGGAAACUCCAGAAAACAACUCUUCUACAAUGGAAGAUAUUAACUCAGAAAGCUCUUCUCUAGAAAAAGAAAAUAUAGAAACUCUAUCAGUUGAAACUCUUGAUAACAGCAACAAAGAGAACUUCACAACUGAUAAUAUGCAGUUAGAAACUACUAUAGAAAUCAAAGAUACCAACUCUUUGAAGAUCCUAAUAGCCUAG